UACACUAUACAUCGGUUACACGAGAGUUAGAACAGGCACAACUGAAGAAGAAUGAAAUACUUUUCUAUAUUUUGUUACGUUGAAAUAUACUUGUUCACGUUUGCGUUUGGCUCCGAUAUCGUCAAUGUGGUGGAGGUCAAGACGCCGUCUGGCUGGGUAAGAGGAUAUGAAGAACUCCAUGAUGACGGACAGGUGUACAGAUUCGUGAAAAUUCCAUAUGCCCAACCUCCAAUAGGAGAUCUACGCUUUCAGAAAACAAGACCUAUCGAAGAGUGGGAAGGGGUCAAGGGCAUUCGAGAUGUAAAUGGUCCUCACUGUUCACAAGUUCAAUUUCCGUUUCCUGGAUUUGAUGCUACGGAAAUCAGUGAAGAUUGCUUAUAUCUAAAUAUAUAUGUACCAGGGGAAAUUUCAGAAGCAAGAAACCUACCUGUGAUGGUAUGGAUUCAUGGCGGGGGAUUUAUAAUUGGUGGUGGGAGUCAGUACAAACCUCAGAAGCUAGUUUUAGGAGGUGGUGUAAUCGUUGCAACCAUUAACUAUAGAUUAGGUAUUUUUGGAUUUUUGACUUUGCAUGAUCCCAUGGCACCUGGAAAUUACGGACUUUGGGAUCAGAUAGAGGCUUUACGAUGGGUCCAGAAUAAUAUUGCAGCCUUUGGAGGAAAUCCUGAAUCCGUUACUAUAUUUGGAGAGUCAGCAGGUGGCAUGAGCGUGAGCCUCCAGACACUGAUCCCAUCAAACGAAGGUCUUUUUCAAAGAGCUAUUUCACAAAGUGGAGUAGUUUCAUUCUAUUCUAUCUCCCAAAGAGAAAAGGAGAAAAAAUUUAGUAAUUUGCUUUUGGAGAAAACAAAUUGCGAGGGUAAAGAAAUAACAGAAACUCUUAAAUGUUUGCGAGAAGUGCCGGCCGAAAACAUUACAUCGGCGAUAUUUUUCAACGAAUUUCAAGUUCCUUUAAAUGCGUCCUUUCAGAUAGGAAGUUUUGUACCAACUGUUGACGGCGAUUUAAUCAAAGAAAAUUUGGCUUAUCCAAAAUCGUGGGACGACGAAGCUUAUCGCUUUUUCCGUAGUAUCGAUUAUAUAUCGGGGACUCUAGACGGAGAAGGGAAUUUGGGAUAUUUCAGUUUAGCUCCUGACAUUCAAGAACAUUUCAAAUUCAACUCAUCAGAACGAGUCCCUAGAAGUAUUUUAUGUGAGGUAUUUGCACCAGUAUUUGUUGAUACAGUUGCAGGAAAUUUUCCGGAACUGACACAAGAAAUAUGCGAUUUUUAUACUAGCUCUGAAGGGGAUGUAGAACAAAGUUUGAAAGUAUGCGAUUUUUAUGGGGAUUCAUGGUUUAUCGUUCCUAGCAACACCAUAUUAGAAAUCCAUGCUAAGGACAAUGAUAAAGCAAACACAUUCCAAUACUUAGUCACUAAACAAUCCCCUUUUCCUUUCAUUCAAGAUCCAGCACCCUGGUUUAAAAAGGCUGGACAUGGCGAAGAAUUGCAUUUAAUGUUUAACAUGACUUAUAGUGAUAUUUCGGAAGAGACACUUAAAAAACAUGAUCUAGCGGCUGUAGAGAAGUUGUCUAAAGACGUUAUUAAGUAUUGGACCAACUUUGCCAAGUUUGGGAAUCCCCAUUCAGACGAUCUUCCGAAGUGGCCUUCCUUUGACACUAUCACCAAAAAGUACGCAAUUCUAGACACUCCAAUAACAGAAGGUAAAGACCUUAAACCAGACGCCACACACCUAAUAAGAAAAGUCCUCGACAAAGGGAGAACUAAAGCCGUGCAUGAUGAGUUGUAGAUGAACUUAAUUUGAUAAAUGACUGAACUUAGACAGUAGAAUCUGUUGUGUACUAACGUAUCUAUUUUGUUAGAAGUAUGAUGCAUGAUAGAUGCAAAUCAUAUAUCAAUGGCAGUCGAAAAAGUUAAAUUCAUGAAAAAGGAUAAAACUGUUUAUAAUUUUACAUGUUCUAAAUUAUUUUAUAUUUUAAUAACAUGUAAAUAUGUAUAUAUAUA